AUGCCCAUAAAUUGGACUGAUCCGCAGGCUGACGCCAAACUUCUGGUCGGCAUCAUCACUCUUCAUAAUGUCAAGCUCGAUCACAAAGCCUUAGCCGAAUUUAUGGGUCAAGAAUGCACAGCCAGUGCCAUUCAGCACAGAGUCCAGCGUAUUAAGGACAAAGUCCGUACUGACCCUACCGUGGAAGGGACUAUUGCGGGCACAUCUCCUGGCGCUGCGCCUCAGCAGGAAGAAGGCAGUACUUCUGAUUUGUCUCCUACGAAGCCCAAGAGAGGAAGACCGGCAAAGCGAGGUGCAAAGGGCUCCCCUACCAAGAAGCACAAAGCCAACGUUGAGAAUGACUCUGCUUAG